AUGGUCUCUUUAUCUGUGGCACUCAUCGCCUUGUUGUCUCUUCAAAGUCGCGCCUCGCAGCUCCCCGAACGACGCAGCCCUCUUUUCCCAAGAGCAUCAUCUCCAUCGUCUUCAAAAUGCGACUUGUAUGUUGUGUCUGGCCAAGAUACCACCAAGUUCGAGCACUAUACGUUCUCCGAUUUUCGGGCUUUAAGCAACUACAGCAUCAAUGAGCCGCCUUCAGUCACGGCGGAGGAAGACCAGGGUCAGGAAAACAUCACCUCGCCGUACUUUGCCCAGCCACCGUUCUCAGAUCAGUGGGAAAUUAGACGUGGCAUCAGAAAUGCAGAGUCGACAGUUCCCAUGAUCUAUUCGGCCUCGAAUGUCUACAUCACCAAAGAUCCUGGCUCGGGAGGUUCUGAGACAUACUUGACGCUGCGGACUACCCGACUGCAGGACUUCCAGAGCGUAGUCCAGCUUGUCAGCGUGCCCGAUCUCUUACAUGCUAGCAUGCGCACACGGAUGAAGAUAUUACCGGAUGGCAAAGACGGGAAAAACGUUGCUCGAGGUGCGGUCGUUGGCUUCUUCACCUACGAGUCUGAUACCCAGGAGAGCGACAUCGAGAUUCUCACCAGAGAUCCCUUAGAUACCGUUCAACUAACCAACCAGCCGGCAUCUUCAACCACGCCUGGGGCAAGUUUCGAUAGCACGAUCCCUCAUGGCAAACAUUGGACAGACUGGACUGAGUACCGAAUUGACUGGUUUCCAGGCAGGACACUUUGGUACCUGGACGGCAAAAUGGUGUUCAACACAACCGACAGUGUUCCCACCGACCCCAGCAACCUUAUGUUCAAUCUUUGGAGCAAUGGCCAGUCAUUCUCCGGCACAAUGCGGGUGGGCAGAGAGGUAUAUGUGGCAGUGCAAUGGAUCGAGAUGGCGUACAAUCUGAAUGGCCAGGGUCAGAGCUCGAACCAGACCGACGGCAAGACGCAGUGCUCCGUGGAUUCGGUACACACAAAAGGGGUUCCGGAAGUGAUAAAGAGUUCCAGUGCCAAGCAUAGAGCGGUAAGCAGGCUCCUGGACACGAUUAACAGCGUGCUAUUUGUUUUGAUCGCUUGCUAUUGUGUCUGA